AUGAGGGUUAACUUGGGCGCGCUCUCCCUCUUCGUGGCCCUGGUGGGACUUUUGAGCUUCAUCUUCCUCGUGGUGGCCAUCGCGACCGACUUCUGGUACAUCAUCGAUGCCUCCAAGCUGGAGGCGUCCCGGAACGGCACGGACGCGCUCAGCUCGCACUCGGGGCUCUGGCGGACCUGCCGCGUGAGGAGUGAAUGUUACCCUUUGAUAAACCCGUUCUGGCAUGAGAAUGCGAACAUCACCGAUUCACACAGACAGCUUUUGUACAUGCAUGGAACAUUUGUCAUCCUGAUGCCCCUCAGUCUGAUCCUGAUGAUUUUUGGAGGAAUGACUGGAUUCAUCAGUAUUCUUGCCAGGGCCUACCUACUGCUCCUAAUGACAGGACUGCUUUUCCUUUUUGGAGCUCUUGUUACCCUUACAGGGAUCAGUGUCUAUAUUGCAUAUUCAGCUGCUGCCUUCCAAGAAGCUGUGUGCCUCCUGAAGAGCAAGGAUCUCCUGGUGGAAAUUGAUAUCAGGUUUGGCUGGUCCCUGGCACUGGUCUGGAUCUCCUUUGUGGCAGAAGUGCUCACUGGGGCUGUGUUCCUCCUGGCAGCAAGAGUGGUGGGUCUGAAACGGCAGCGUGAGCAGACUUUAUGA